GAGAAACGGGGAACGAAUAAGCGAUACCCCGGCCAGAAGAGGAAAUAUCAGACGAUUUUAACGUUAUUUCUGUAGAGAAGUGCCGAUUCGUUCAGAGAACCACCUCUGGAAGGAUCUUUUGUUCCUGAUUUGUUUUAGUCACUAUUUUCCGCUGAAUGAGGUGGGAUGGCUGAAGUGCCACCUGGGCCUAGUAGCGCAUUGUCUGCGUCCCCGGCUGAAAUUAUUCCCUUCCCCGGGGGUGGAUGCGUCGUACCCGGUGAAUGCGAUGAAAGGGACUUCAGGCGAGCAGAUGCAGUGAUCACUGGAGCAGGGCAACAGCAAGUAACUGAAGGGAAACGGGCAAACAAAGCGAUCCAGAAACAUUUGUUCUCCCAUUCAUCAGGUUCCCAAACGCAGCCGCGACAACAGCAACUCAACGGCUUGCUCAGCGACGCUGAAGACGGCGUCCCGCUCACCCACCCGGCUCACCGACCCACGGACAGCCAGAGAGAGCCCGGGGAGCACUGUGACGGUACCGGUGAGGACGGAGAUGAUGGCGAUGCCACAGAGAACAACAGCCUAAGCGACAACAAUCGUAGCGACUGCCGACAGGAACACGACCCCUGUUCAAAAAAGAACCACUCUCAUGCUAGCAACAACUUUAUAAACAGCGUGCUAAACGUGUCCAGGACUGAGGCGAGCCCUAGUCAGCACCUCGCUGGAGACGAGGGUGCUAGGACAGACUACCACGCCAGGACUGAGCCCCGGCCUUUCCCCGGGGAUCCACCGGACGGGGAGGCCGAGGAGGAUGGGGAAAGCGCUGGGAUGCAGCGGGCUGGAGCUGGGCCCGACAUUUCACAUGUACCGGUAUCGGAAAUGGAGAGGCUACAUCUGAAUUCCUUACCGGAUAGAGGAGAUGGGGAAGAGGAGGCCAUCCACUAUGUGCGUUAUGAAUCCGAAUUGCAGAUGCCGGACAUCAUGAGGCUGAUAACCAAGGAUUUGUCGGAGCCGUAUUCCAUUUACACGUAUAGGUACUUCAUCCACAACUGGCCCCAGUUGUGCUUUCUGGCCAUGGUGCGGCAGGAGUGUGUGGGCGCCAUCGUGUGUAAGCUGGACAUGCACAAGAAGAUGUUUCGCCGUGGUUACAUCGCCAUGCUUGCCGUUGACUCCAAGUACCGCAGGAAAAGCAUCGGCACUAAUCUGGUAAAGAAGGCCAUCUACGCCAUGGUGGAAGGUGACUGCGAUGAGGUGGUGCUGGAAACGGAGAUCACUAACAAGUCGGCCCUGAAGCUGUACGAAAACCUGGGCUUUGUGAGGGACAAGCGGCUCUUCCGAUACUAUCUGAACGGGGUGGAUGCGCUGAGACUCAAACUGUGGCUCCGCUAGCCGCCCCUGUCCCCCCAAGACCCCCUCCCCACCACACCCCACCCUUCCUCUCACGCUCUGCGCGGGACACAGGAUCAAGGAACCUGCUUCCUCUCAACGAGCAGCCAAAUGGCAAAACAUCAGAUUGACAAACAUCGGGUGGAUACGAGUUUUAAAAAAACAGAGUUUAAGAGAAGCGGGCUGAAUUGGGCUGCGGGGGUGAGGUUCCCUUUGUCAGGACCUCGUUUUGGGAAGGGAGGUGUGGCGGGCAGCCCCGGAUGAGGUUGCAGUCUCUCUGCGCUGGUCGUUUUGGUGGAGGGGGUGGAGGGGUCUCAUGUGAUGGGACAGUGCCAGCUGCUUGUCCUCAUAUCAGGCCAGGGGACAUCAAAAACAAAAUGGCUUCCUCUUGACUGUUUUUUUUUUGUUUUGUUUUGUUUUAAAUAAAAGAGGAAGCUGUGUAGAAUGCAAAGCAGGUUUAAGAAAAGAAAAAGAUGCCCACCAUUAUUUUUGGAAUUUAUUUUUAUUCUAUUCCUCCUUUUAUCGCAUGGCUGGUGUGUAUUGGGAAUGUUUGUGUGCAACCGUGGGUGCGUGUGUGUGUGUGUGUGUGUA